AAAUGUAUAAAUGGAAGGCCUUAAGAAAAGUUCUUUUUCCCCAGCAAUGUAUAUCCUUAAGAGAAAGAGAGUUUGUGCAAGCAAGCAAGUAAACCCAACUACUCCAUAAGUAGCACAGCGCAGGAGAAGUUUAGGAGAAGAGUAAUUAUUGAGAUGUUUAAUGGAGGCAUUGGGCAAAAUUUUAUAAUGAAGCUGCUCUUUCCUCUGAUGUUAUUUCGUCUCUUGUUUUUUUGUUUUUUGUUAGGGAAAGAUACCACCAAUCUAGCUGCCAGGGUUUUACAGACCCCAAAUCUUGAUGUAGUAAAACGUGAUGAAUGGGCAAACACAACUCUUGACGAAUCCCAGGAACUGACACCAGAGUUGGGGUUCCCUUGGCUACUGUUGUAUCUCCCUAUAAAAAGCUGCCACGUUAUCUUUUGGGGUGAAGCUGGAACUUUCUCUCCUCCAGUUCUGAGCAGGAUUCAAACCAACAGCUGGUGCAAUUGGACUAUCUGGGCUGGUCCUCACAAGCACAUCUUGAUUUACAUAGAAGGAUUUGAAGGGAAAUCAGAAUGUGAAGGAAAUCAGGAUAAGAUCAUAUUUCAAGGGGUCUUGUCAAGUGUUGAAAGCAAAGUAAUUUAUGCUUGUAGAAACCAUGGCACUUUGAUCUUUGCUACGCAGGCUGUGGCUGUCCAUGUUGUGUUUUUGUCAACAGCUUCUUCUCAAAACCAUAAUCAUAAACAUUUUAAAGGACGGUAUUAUAUAUUCGAAGACUAUGAAAUUUCUACAGGUGAUGAAGGGUCUGUUUUGAAAUCUAACAACAGUGUUGGAUUUUCUCCCAAGUCAUAUAUAAUAAACUCACAAGAUAUUUUGGACUUUGUAAAGACUAGCAGAAAACUUAGCAAUGAAAAGGGGCUGCCUGCAACUAUUAAAGAUAGGUGGGAGGAAAAUGGCAGCACUACAAGCUUGGAAGCAUCCACAAGGCCUACAGCUUCUCUCUUGAAAACCACAGAAAACUUGACCUUGAAACCUCUUGAUAUGAAGAAGAUGCAUAUUGCAAAACCACCUAUUAAUGGCACUAGAAUUGGGAAUGAAACCUUAUCUGGCAAUUUAAAGAAAACUCUAGUCUUAGGAUCAAGCAAUUCUGAGAAUGCAGAAAAGCUAGUUAUGUACAAGCCAACUGCCUCUUCAGCCUCACCACAUGUAUCCCAGAAGGUCAGAAUGGUGGCAAAAUUGGUGGCAGCGAAAGAUCAUGGAACCACCACUGAAUCUGCCAACGUUCAAAAUAGUGGACACAACACCACAAACUGGGGGCCAACAAACAUGAGGGAUACUAUAAAAGCAAUCUUUGGAAUAUCUGCCUUCACAAGUGGCAAUACUUUUCCACAAGAGUUCAUGCAAGAGCAGAAAACUCCAAUUCCAUCUCCUAAAACUAUCCCAGAGAAGAAGCAGGAACAUAUUCAUCAGUCAUUCCAAUCUAAUUCUGAGUACUCCAGGAAAAGUAUGGAUGAAAUGGAAUCUCAACAACACUUUGAAUUGCAAGAAGCACUGAAAGGAGAGCAGGUGGAGAAUCAGUUCAAUAGCGAAGAGAAUGGCAACAGUGCUCUGCACAAGGCGUCUGCUGCUGCUGUAGGAGAAAAUGUAUUUCAUGAAGUUGAACUUCUCACUGCAGAAGUACCAAACAUUUCUACAGCCAAAGCACAAUCUCAUCUGAACACCUUCGGUUACCCUAAUGUGUUGCAUGCUCCUUCCCAAAGGAUGGUUAACAGCAACCACAUUGGCACCACCAGCACUACAACUUUGGAUCUCCAGGCUGUUCACUCAAAUAGCACCCAAAUGGGGACAGCUGUUACUUCACAGCUAAACAAUUCAGUAACCAGAUACAAAGAGCAUCCACAAAAGAGGCGUACAAAACCGAAUCCUUCCCGCUCCCCUUCUGAUCAGGUGUCAAGCCAUGAAACAUCCCUGAAUGCAGAAAUUCAUUUCUAUGACAGGGAUUCUGUAUCCAGGUCUCAUGAAAAUUAUUCUGUACUGGAAUCCCAGCACAAUCCUGGCGAUCUUCUGUUUGAAAUAAGUUUUGGGAUAGAACACAAAGGAUGGAUUCCCCCUGUUGGAAGUGAGUUGGAAAAAGACCUCAUAGACUCCAUUAAGAGUCGGGUAGAAAAAAAAGUGAAACUCUUCUCCAACAAAAUCAAGGAAGUCAAGUUAAAGGAAAUUAAAAGGGAAGGAGAAACUGAGAUGGAGAGACAAAAUGGCCCAAACCUAAUAUUCAUGUUCUGGCUACAUCUAACACCAGAAGAAAAGAACAUAUCUCACUUACUGCAUUUGCAACUGGAAGACCUCAGUGGUGCAUCUAUGGGACCUGGCAAGGUUCAGACUGUUGUGGUGAAAGAUGUGAAUGAAUGCAACUCGGGGAUUGGACUAUGUGGUGACGAGGCAACCUGUCUCAAUGGAUAUGGCACAUACUUAUGCCAAUGUAAGGAAGAGUAUGAGGAUCAUUCUUCAACAAAAUCUGGAACCCUGUGCAUUCGUAGUCCACGGUCAGGCAUUAGCUCCUUGUACAGUUACACCGAGAUUCUUGUAGGAAUCACUGUUUUUUUCAUCGCUGCCCUUGUAGUUGUGAUCAGCGUGCUAUGUACAAUAGUAAAAAAGAGAUCUACUAAGAAGGACUUACACUUUCAAGAGGCUGCUUUGCCUGGGUCGCCAGCAUCCUUUGAUCAGAAUAACAUCCAUAAUCUCCUUAGUCUAGAACCUGGUCUGUUAAAACUCAGAGCCAAGCCACCAGAAUGGCCUUUGCAACGGAGAACUAGCCCCAGUGACACAUACAGAGUAUCUAUCGAGCAGUCUGAAUGUUUAUAAAAAAUGCAAUGUUGAGUUGCACUCCACUUCUCUUUAUUAUUGGUCUCCUUUCAUUUCUUGUCAGUGAACAGAUGCAGCUUUAUGUUUCUUGGCAAAUCUUACAUAAUUUUUAUUAUACCUUUUGUUGUCUCUACUUUCCCCUUAUAUCUUAAUGAAAGUGUAACUAUUGUAAUAAUUUUCUCUUCAGAUUUUUGGCCGCUGUAUUUUCUGUCUGGCUUUAUAUAUAAACAGGAAUAUAUGAGA